AAUAUACUUCAGUCCCAGAACUCACUUCAAUACUUGUGCCCUUUUUCACCCACCCCUCAGUUUAUAUUCCUUUCGACAAACCGCAAUGCAAGCCCCAAAAAUCCCCAAUAGACUGCUGGUCUCGGCUACAAAGGACUCGAAGGGAAGUGAACAAGUCGGCGAGCUGCGAAGUCUGAUCCUGGAACUGAUGAAGCCCCGAACGGCCCAGCUGAACGAGAUCCUCCUGACCCGAAUGGUGCCCGCCACGCGGGACGAGUACGACGAGGUCGUAGUGGACUGGUGGCCCGACUACGAGUUGUUCUCGAAUACCCACGCCAUUACUGACAUGAAUGGCAUCCUGGUCUAUACGAAGAGAGCCCUCCAAGGAAUGCCAGAAGACCUUAAAGCUAUUGCCGAGAAGUUCGACUACGCCUACUUCGCCUCAAAAACCAAGACCCAGAAGGGCAAGAAGUACUACCUGGUGGCAGAUCUUAUCCAGGACAUGACCGACUUUGUGACGAAUUUUGGUCGCCUCUGCACCCACGUCAUUGAGGAGCGAAGGCGCAUCUACGACCAGGCCAGCGAGACCCUCGACACGUCCGACAGGAUCAAGGUGAAGAUCUUCGACGAGAAGAGCUUCGUACGCCUCCAGACGCGACUCACGAGCCUGAGGAACUUUGUGCAGGACUUCUGCGCACUCUUUGAGAUCCCCUUGAAGGUGCCAGAAGAGUCCAGAGACGAACCUUUCGAUAAGCUAGCCAGCCUCCAGAAACCAUUAAAAAGGAAAUCCAAAGCCACAGCCAAAGCCAAGGCCCAACGUUAAGCUCCUCCGAUCAGGAAGUCAGCCCGUCGUCCUCUUUUCCCAAGGCGUUACUUCAUUGUGCUUUUACCGAUGCUGAUAUACAGAUACAUUUUCUACACGUUAGGCUACAGAUACAGAUGCGGAUUCACGGCUCCUGCUCCUGCUCGGGCCGUAAUAAAGAGUUCGCCUCCAGUGUAUUGGAGUAUCUGGGAAA